CUCUGCUGGUGAUAGCUUAUUUACUGGGCUUCUGAUCGUGAAUAUUGCCUAAAAGACACUGUGUGGGUUAAGAGAAAAGGAAAGGGGAAUUGAAGAGAAAGAAUUGACCCCAGUUUGAGAUGGACUGAACAGAGGCCUGCGAUGGGCAAAGACAGUGAAGAUUGUCAAGUGGUCUGACUGCUGUCUACCCUUAGCUUGCCGUCCAGGGCAUCCCUACCAGUUAAUUGCAGAAGCGAGCGUGGACGAGUUCAGCAGGCUGGGGGCAGCGUUCAUGGAAGACAGGCUCCAGAUGGAGAACGGGCUGGUGCCCCAGAAGAUCGUUUCGGUGCAUUUGCAGGACUCUGCUCUGCAGGAGCUCGCAGACCAGGCUGCCUCUGGCCAAGCCCCAGUCGUGCAGCCCAGCACUGAGCCCUCCCUGGAGAUGAAGGCCUCAGGGGACAGGAAAGGUGGCGCAGAGGCCUCCACGCCGAGCACUGUGCCUGCCAAGGACAGUGAGCCCUGCGGCCCUGCCAAGCACCGACACCUGCACCUGUCCAGCUGCCACGAGUGUCUGGAGCUGGAGAGCAGCACCAUCGAGUCCGUGAGGUUCGCGUCCGACGAGGACAUCCCUGAGCUCCUCUCCCAUGCCAGUGGUCUGCAAGGAGCCUCUGACGAGCUUGGCCCGGAAGGGGUGGGCAGGAGAGGCAAUGCCACCAGGAAGGCACCCAACAUCCUCCUCUAUGGGGGCUCUGGCACCCAGGAUGCCUCCGGCCGGCUGCAGCAGGUCCGGGCCCUGCUGGCUGACUGUGUAGACAGCGACAGCUACCUCCUGUACCCACUGUCGGAGGACAGCGCUCGCAGGGACCCAUGGCCAGACAGCUGCCUGCUGCUGGUCAUCACCGCUGGGGAACCCAUCCCCGAGGAUGUGCACCACAGGUUCACAGCCUACCUCGCACAGGGCGGGAAGGUGCUCAGCCUAUCUUCCUCCUUCCUGCUUGGUGGCUGGCAGGUGACCAGCAAGGCUGUGCUGCAGGGCACUGUGCAGAACCUGGUGUUCUCCAAGGUGGGCCAGGGCGACGUGAAGCUCAAUGCUCUGUGCAGUGGUUUUGUCUUCAAGGAGGCCCCUGGAGAGCUGCUGGGCCCCGGCCGGCUGCAGGGCCACCUGGAGAAUGAGGACAACGACAGGGUGAUUGUGCAAGUGCCUUCUGGGGCCCACGGAGGGGAAGCCAUUCUUUGCCAGGUGUUCUUAGAACUACCUCCCAGCUCCUCUGUACUGCAAACCCCAGAAGAAUUUCACUUGCUCAAAUCAAGCAAUAUCAAGCGGUAUGAAGUCAUAAAGGAGAUCUUGACAGCCCUGGGCCUGAGCUGUGACACACGACAAGCCCCUGCCCUGACACCACUGUACUUACUGGCAGCCACUGAGGAAAUCCAGGAUCUACUUACGCAGUGGCUUGGGAGACAUGUGGAUGCGGAAGGAAUAAUAAAAUCCAGCAAGCUGUCCCUGAGGUUUGUUUCAUCGUACACGUCGGAAAUGGAAAUCACCCCGUCUUCCAUACCCGUGGUCACCAACACAGAGGCCUUCUCCUCAGAGCAUUUUAACCUAGAGCUCUAUCGACAGAAUCUGGAGACCAAGCACCUCGGGAAAGUCAUCUUGUUUGCUGAAGUGACCACCACGACCAUGAGCCUUCUGGACGGGUUGAUGUUGGAGGUGCCACAGGAAAUGGGUUUAAUAGCCAUCGCAGUCCGGCAGACUCAGGGCAAAGGGCGAGGGCCGAAUGCGUGGCUGAGCCCCUUGGGAUGCGCCCUUUCUACCGUGCUGGUGUCCGUCCCCCUGCGGUCCCAGCUGGGACAGAGGAUUCCGUUUGUCCAGCACCUGAUGUCCCUGGCCAUCGUGGAGGCAGUGCGGUCCAUUCCCGAGUACCAGGAUAUCAACCUACGAGUGAAGUGGCCCAAUGACAUAUAUUACAGCGACCUCAUGAAGCUUGGUGGAGUUCUGGUUAACUCGACACUUAUGGGAGAAACAUUUUAUAUACUCAUUGGCUUUGGGUUCAAUGUGACUAACAGUAACCCCACCGUAUGCAUCAAUGACCUCAUUGAAGAAUACAACAAGCAACACGGAGCAGACCUGAAGCCCUUAAGAGCUGAUUGUGUCAUUGCCAGGGCCGUGACAGUGCUGGAGAGACUCAUCGACAUGUUUCAGGACCAAGGGCCCAAUGGCAUCCUCCCGCUGUAUUAUAAAUACUGGGUCCACAGUGGCCAGCAAGUACGUCUGGGCAGCGCUGAGGGCCAGAAGGUGUGGAUCGUGGGUCUGGAUGAUUCCGGGUACCUGCAGGUCCACCAGGAGGGCGGCGAGGUGGUGACCGUGCACCCGGACGGCAAUUCCUUUGACAUGCUGCGCAACCUCAUUGUGCCCAAGCGGCGGUAGCCCUGGCUGGGGCUGGCCGGGCUGGGCGUGACCGGGGCGGACUUAGCCCGCAGCAAGCCAUGGGAUCCGUCCUGCUGCCUGCGCUUAGUGGAGACCUGGGAAGCUGGGAAGCUAACAUAGUGUUCAGGGUGAUGUUUCCUCCCUCCAGCCAUUUGUUAACUCUCUUUUUCUUUUUUCUAUUUUUCUGAUUUUUAAAGGUUUGUUGUUUUACUGAAUGUUUGAAGAUGCUUCCGGGUGGAAGGGAGACAGGUGAAAAUUUAGGUAAAGCCCCACGUGGGUGUGAAGUCACCCCCUUCCUUUGAGCUUGGAUUUGUGUUUACUGGGGGAAAUCGUUUACAUGGAAACAGGAAUCGAAUUCCAAUGAUCUUCUAGUAGUGGAGGCCUUUUCAGCCUUAAGCUAGUAAAAAAAAA